AUGACAGAUAAUGACUUCAAAAUCAACAAACAAAGAGCUCCAAGAACUUCAAAAGCGUGUGAUUUUUGUAAACGAAAGAAAUUAAAAUGUGAUGGUGAGAAUCCUUGUUCUAGGUGUCAAAAAGCUGCUAAUGAAUGUGUUUAUACUCGUGUUGAGAAACCAAAACCUGACCGUCCUCGCCAACGUCAAUCAAGAAAAGGUGCUAUUCAAACAUUAGAUAACAGAAUAGGGAAAUUAGAAGAAUUGUUGACUACAUUAGUCAGUAAAGUUGGUGAAAGAGCUGGUGGUCCUAUUUUUGAUGCUUUGAGAUCAGAAAGAUCAUCAGAAAGCAGUGCAGAGUAUAAAGGAAGCUCUUCAGACGGGGAAACUGCUUCGGAUACAGAUAUUGAGAGUAAUGCUGCAACUACUGAGAACCCAUCAAAAUCAAAUGUUGUUAAUGAUGAUGAACACAAGAUUGAUAUUGGAGAAAAAUCUACUUGUGGCUCGGACUAUAUUGGACAACAAUGUACAUUAUCCAUAUUCAGUGUACAAGGUUUAACUUGGGUUUCAAGAAAGUCAAAAGAUCCAAAAGCUAUCAAACCAAUCUUGAACCUUCUGAAAAAAAUGGAUUCAGUUGUGGGUUAUCAACGAUCAUUUCUAACUUCACCUAUUGUUGAGGCUGAUGUGGUAUCAUUACCUUCAAAGGAACAAUGUUAUGAGAUGUUGGAGCAUUUUAAUAAACCAGCAGUUUAUACUGCUUAUUUUUUCAGAAGUGUGGAAAUGAAAGAUAUUGUUGAUCGUUAUUUUAAACUUCAAGAAACAAACCCAUCUGGAAAGCUAGAUCAUGCAGAUAUGUUGAAUUUAUACUUAAUGAUUGUAUGUGGCUCAUGUCAUAAAGCAGAACAGGCGGCCUUUGAAAAUAAAAGUGAAGAUGUUGCAAAAUAUCAAAGAAUGGAACACACAUAUUUGAUUGGAGCCUUUUAUUAUUAUCAAAGGGUAUCUAUAUUUGGAGGUGGUAUAGAUGGUUUGAAAGCCAUUUUGUUGCUAACUUGCUAUUGUGAAUUAUCUUUAAUCCCAGAGAUUGAUUAUAUUUUAGUUUCUACUGCUGUUAGAUUUGCUCAAGCGUUAGGGUUGCACAGAAGAGAAACAUUCUUGGGAUUAUCACCAGAUGAAGCUGUACUUAGAAAGCGUUUAUGGUUUCUUUGUUACAUUCUUGAUAGAGAUCUUUGUUUGAAAUCCGGGAAGCCACCAAUGAUUAAUGACGAUGAUAUGUCAUCUAUUGAUGCUGAAGGUAUGUCUUCAUAUUGUGAAGACCUCAAGGUUGAAGUAGCUUUAAGUAUUGGUAUCACUCGUGAAGAAUUAGACAUGGAUAACAUUGAUCAUUGUUACCGGGUUUAUAGUGCCCUGGGCACCAUUUCGGAGACUAGAUAUUGCAUGGGUCUUGAGUAUACAUGGUAUGAAUUGUCAAAGGUAACAUCAAUGGCCUAUAAAACCCUUUUCAGUGCUAACUCUUUGGAUGGACUAACAAGAAUUGAUGUUUUAAGGAAAAUCGGAUCAUUAAAUGAAGAAUUAGAAAAAUUUAAAAUGAAAUUUCCAAUUAUUCUUAGACCUGGACAUCCAAUUAGAAUACCAGAAUCAUCCCCGGUUCAUGAUUUAGAUUACCUCAAACUCGUGAGGGUCCAUUUGUCAUAUUAUCUAAUCUGUUUGUCUGUUAACAGAAUGGCUUUAAGGAAACAAUGGGAUUACACAAAUACAAGAGGUCAAUCAGCUGAACCUUUAUCAAAUGAAGGUAAUAAUGAAAGAUCAAUACUUGAAAACAAAUUUUCCCAUUUAUGUAUUGAUGCAUGUUAUGAAAUUAUGAAAUUAUGUGAUGAGUUUACAAAAGAAAAUUUCAAUCUUUGGAUAGGCUCAGCAUUUACAUUGUUUUCUGCAUAUGUUACCUGCUUAACAUAUAGUAUUGAGAAUCCUCAAGGUAUUGAAACGGAAAACAUACUUAAGAAAAUGAUCAAUACAUUAUCUGAUAAUGGUACAGAUUAUAAACCAGUUUUCCCAACUACAAGGAUUGAUAUUAUCAAUUAUAUUAAAGUACAUGGUAUGAGAUUUGCUUUAAGUAUUUUCACCAAGAUUGCCUUGAAGCUUUAUAAUGAACACAAUCCUGAUCAACAGAUAAUAGGUGAGGAAGUUUCAAAGUUGGACCAAAAUACUGUUUUGCUUGGUAGUUUGUUAUCUAGAUGUAUUGAAGAUUACAGAUAUCAACAAGAAAAUAAUAAUUCCUUUGAUAGAUUUGGUGUCAUUUUAUCAGGUUCAUCUAUUGGUGAAGUCCUUUCAAAAUUGAAUCAUAAAGAUUCAUCAAGUUCAGGCUCCACGCCAACAUCUAACACAAGUAUUUCAACAGCUUCACCAAACUCUUGGGCCUAUUUCCCUGGUACAACUGAAAACCCAAAGUCUGGACCACAUUUCCCAAGUUAUGGACGUGAGAUAUUAAGACCAGAUACCAAGACCCGUUUGAAUUUAUUCAAUGAUGGUAAUUUGUUGUAUGAUCAGCUGGGAGGUUUCAAUCAACAAAAUGUUGGGAAUUCACAGUUCCCACAAAGUACUAAUCCAUCAAUAUCUAAUCAAGUUAAUGGUUCAAACCAAGCUGGCGAACCACCAUCAAUUGAAGAAGUUUUAGAUACUAGUGAUUUACAUAUCAAUUGGAACUACUUCGGUCAUAACUUAUUGAAUAUUCCUAUUUCAUUUACUGAUGAGAUUUCCACCGCUUUACCAAAUAUUACUUAUGAAUGA